AUGGCCAGUGAAACCAGUACCAGUACUACCACCGCCACCAUGACCACUUUCUCCGCACCGCUCCCUGCUACUCGAUCGCUGCCUACAAACCAGGCAGCGCUGGCAGCUUCCUUCACCAACUUCCUUACAGUUUCCGUCCACCAAAUACUCUUUUUACGAUCAGUCUAUCCACGUGCAACAUUUCUCCCCGUGCGGGCGUACAACUAUCCAGUCCGACAGUCUCGUCACCCGAAAGUUUGUGACUAUAUCAAUGACGCAUCAAUCGCAGUUGGAACAGAAAUUUUGAAAGGCACAAUUACCGCAGUCAGCAUCAUCAUCUCAUCUCUCCGCUCCAACCAACCUCUCGAGCGAUAUGCCUUCGAUCUAUCGGGCUUCCCGCGAGCUCCUGCGGGGGAGGUAAACACCACAUUCGAGGAAAGAAGUGAGAAUUUACCCACAACUCCUGUGAACGCGAACACCGCCCCGACCUCUGUCGACCUCGAGUCACAAUUCCGGGCUUGUUUGGCUCGCCUCGCGUCAGCAUGUGCGCGACUGACCCCGCUACCCCGCGAUGACGAAUUCAGCUUCACUGUCUGUAUCGAAGUGCGAGAGGAUGCCCUCCCUCCCGCAGGUACCACCAGAGAGGAGCAAACCUGGAUUGUUGCCGAACCUGAAAAGGUGCACAUGCGAUCCUGUACCGCCCCCUAUUCUGUGUCAAAAGUACGGAAAGAUGACCCUUCACCCCCUCAGACCUCAAAUGGUCGUGCUAAAACGGUACCGGUACGACGUGUUGAGGCUGGAGAGCUGCGAUUGGAGCUGUGGGUUGAGGAGGCACGACAGAAAUUUAACGACCCGGUGGACUCAGAGCAGCCAUCAUAA